UGCAGGUUAGGAUUACAGAAUACAUUCGAGAGUGAGGCUAUCAUGGUUUACUUCGAAAAACCGUUUUAACAGAGCUAAAUUUAGUGCUACAAAUAUAUGGAAGUGAUAUGCGAUUGAACGGUUGUGCAAACGGUUGUGUCAUUUCCCAAAUGUAAUUGUAGGAAAAAAUAUUUAAAAAAAAAUACGUUUCCCGUGCUGAACGAGCCUGAACCGAAGUACUGAUGAAUUUAAAUUUAAUACGUCAACUGUUCAAUAAUUCUUCUAUGUAGCUCAAGUGUCGUUAAAGAAUAGAUUAAUUUACAACUUUGGUGAUUAGAUGGGAAAGAAAAGAAAUAUUCAACCGCCACCAAUAGUACCCGGACGGAUAAAAGUAGAGAUAAAAGACGAAAUAGGAGACAAUGAUGUUCUCGUAGCGAGAGAUCGUUUGAAGGGUGCUCUUCGAGAAUUGUUACAGCAUAGCGACACCGGCUCAUCGGCGGAAUCAGACGACAGUCCCAUUUCGGAUUACAAACAUCCCAUGAAAAAAAUGACGAAAUCUAUGAAUCUCUCUCAGCCACGGAAAGUCAGACGUCGCCGGCCCUUGCAACCUGACACAGCGUUUCAUCAUACAUAUGUGAUGAAAUUGUUCGAUCGCAGUGUUGAUUUAGCCCAAUUUCAAGAAGACACACCAUUGUAUCCGAUAUGUCGUGCCUGGAUGGCCAAUCAACCAAGGAAUCCUCAUUUGGUCCCUAAAGUACGUAGUCCAAGUCCAGAAAUAAUUAACGAGGUUAGCAUGGCAGAAAAUUUAAUUGGUGCUGAUGGUGAAAUAAAUGAUGUCCAUUACUUGCCACCUCCUUUGCCUCGUGUAGAAGCCAUACCAAGGAAUCGCAUUCCAUCCCCUAUACUUGGAGAGAAAGAUGAUUUGAACUUAGAUUACGAGGGACAAAUUCUCAAAACGCGAGAGCAAUUAAUGAAGGAGCAUUCUGAACGAUGGAAUGCUAUACGCAAAAAAUGGCAUCAGCAAGCGCAUAAAAACGAGCAACGUUAUUCACAGAGUGCUAGUAUACUUGGCACCAUUUUUACAAAGGCACAAUCGGAGUUUGAAUAGCAGAAAUGUGGCAGUCUAAUGACUGCCGGUUCUUCCGUCGCCAAUAAUUCUGGUAAUUUUUAUUAUCUCAUCAGGGAAUAACUUCUUAUUUGCUAUUUUUUUUUCUACAUCUUCACAUUGGUGAGUGAAUGCGUAUAUGCAGAAGUGAUUAUACAUGUCUUAUAUGAAUGCAUUUUUUUUAUUGAUAAUGCCCAGAGAGGGGAAAUCAUGUUUUAACAAUAUUCUGAUAAUAAAUUAUCUAAUGUAAUACAAAAGAAAAUUGUAAUUAUUUUUCUUUCAAUAAAAAUAAUGGAACAUAA